AUGCAAUUCGAUUCGCUGGCGAUGUACCCAUCACGGGAAUCUCGCCUAAUGGCUCUCGAACUCAAAUGUCGAGGCGAUUUCCGCAACGUCGACGACCUCUCUGACUUUGAAUUCAACGAUUUAUAUCUCGACGCCAUGUCAGGGUCCCUCGAGUUCAUGGACGACACAGCUAAUAAGACGUUCAUAUCACAGUCUCUCACCGACCAACAGACCAGCCCCAGCUUCCUCCAACCACAGAUAUAUAACCCCCAAUCUUCAUCCUGGGCACCUUUUAGCAAUGAAGCCAGAACACUUAGGCGGGGAGAUGUCCUAAAAAUUGCAUCCUGGAACUUGUUUUUCUCGGUUCCCGCCGCCGCCGCCCGUGCCGCCGCCGCCAUCGCCUAUUUGCGGACCAUGUUUGGCCAAGAACCUCACAACCUCGUGGUACUGUUCCAAGAACUCCGCCAAGAAUCACUAGAGGCCAUCCUGGAGGACAAGUGGACUCAACAAAACUUCGUCCUCUCCGAUACGGAGCCACCAUACUUCGAUUAUGCAGAUAAUGAAUCCUUUGACGAGAAACCCGACCGCAUACCCAGUCGAUAUUUUACUCUCAUGAUUUCGCGGAAUUUGCCAAUAUCAAACUGCUUCCGUGUCCCCUUCGUCUCUAAAAUGGAGAGAGAUGCCCUUGUGGUUGACUUUCCCGUGUCCAAGGACCAUGGCCCCGAAGCAUCAAAACGGCCACUUCGCCUGUGCACAACGCACCUUGAGUCACUCUACACAGAAAAAGAGCUCCGUUUUCGCCAACUCGUCCAAGUAUCAGCGCUACUGAAGGGCGACUCGCCUCAGGAGCAGAGAAUUUAUGGAGGGCUGGUUGGCGGCGACAUGAAUUCAGUUGAUCCGUCCGAGCACAACACCCACCGAGCACCCGAGGUAGGCCUGAAGGACGUUUGGGAAGAUGAGCCAGCGCCGACACCGCCGGCCUUAAAGCCCUUCCAGAAAGAUAUCACAUAUGGUAAAGCCAGAGGAAAUACGUGGGGCUACCAAUCCGACAGAGCCAGAACACGAAAACGGUUGGACAAGUUUCUCUACAGGGUCCAUUGA